AUGGAGUUUGCUCAUCUAUCCGUUUUAGCUCUAUUUUGUCUGACCGUCGUGGUAACCGAUGCAUCGCAAUCCGCAGAAAAUUACUGGCAAUCCGUUAGGCCAAACACUCCCAUGCCCAAGGCUCUCUGGGAUCUUCUGCAGCCUUACAGCGGAAACAAUCUGCCCAUCAAAGCCGAAGAACAGAAGCAGUACUGGACUGUCUUUUUUGAACAUGACCUUCAUCCCGGCAAGAAAAUUAGUUUGGGUUUCGACAAGCCUUCUGAUAAUCAGCCUUCUGGAGUAGCAAGGACAUGGGAUGAUAAAGCAAGUCAACCCUUUGGAGCAAGGACAUGGGGAGAAAAAGCAAGACAUAAUAGUAUUCAUCAUUUUUGUGGGAAACCAUCAGCUAUAGGAGAAGACAAAUAUUGUGCAACAUCACUGGAAUCAAUGAUGGAUUUCGCCAUUUCAAAGCUUGGGAAGAAUAUUAAGAUGGUUUCGAGUUCAUUUGCCCAAAAUCAAGACCAAUAUAUUGUGGAGGAAGUGAAGAAAAUUGGAGAAAAGGCAGUGAUGUGUCAUAGACUAAAUUUCGAAAAUGUUGUCUUUUAUUGCCAUGAAGUGAAUGCAACAACAAGUUACAUGGUUCCGUUGGUGGCCUCUGAUGGGACUAAAGCCAAGGCACUAACAAUUUGCCACCAUGAUACAAGAGGUAUGAAUCCCGAUGUGCUUUAUGAAGUUCUCAAAGUAAUGCCUGGAACUGUUCCUGUUUGUCAUUUCGUUGGCAAUAAGGCCAUUGCUUGGAUUCCCAAUCUCACCACCGUGAGUGAGUCCGACCAUCCUUGUGUCAUCUAG